UCGCGAGCCGGCAGGCGGGCGAGGAGCGUCUCCUCCAGCAUCUGCCGCGGCCGCGUUUGCCCGGAGACUGACCGACGGACAGAUCGUCUGGCGGACGGGCUUGGGAGCUCGCCUUGUGCUCGGGGCCAGCUCCAGCGAAGCUCGGGGCUUGCAGCACGCGCUUCCCCGCCCGCUCGCGGCCACCCCGGCUCCGGCGGCCUCGGCGCGCGAGGGGCUGGAGGUGCGGGAGCCGCUCUCCGCAGGUCGGUCCCUGCGCUGCUCAGCCCCGGCCGCUGCGCUGCGCCGCGGUCCCCGAGCGGCGUCCCUGAGCCCCAGCUCCCCAACGUGCUGCUCCGAGCAACGGUGCUCCGGGGCUCCAAACUCGGGCUGCCGGGGCAAGUGUCUUCAUGAACCCAGAGGAUGUCCGGGAAGCAUUACAAGGGUCCUGAAGUCAGUUGUUGCAUCAAAUAUUUCAUAUUUGGCUUCAAUGUCAUAUUUUGGUUUUUGGGAAUAGCAUUUCUUGGAAUUGGACUGUGGGCGUGGAAUGAAAAAGGAGUUCUGUCCAACAUCUCUUCCAUCACCGAUCUUGGCGGCUUUGACCCAGUUUGGCUCUUCCUCGUGGUAGGAGGAGUGAUGUUCAUUCUGGGAUUUGCUGGGUGCAUUGGAGCUCUACGGGAAAACACUUUCCUUCUCAAGUUUUUUUCUGUAUUCCUGGGAAUUAUUUUCUUCCUGGAGCUCACUGCCGGGGUUCUGGCAUUUGUUUUCAAAGACUGGAUCAAAGACCAGCUGUAUUUCUUUAUAAACAACAACAUCAGAGCGUACAGGGAUGACAUUGAUUUGCAAAACCUCAUAGACUUCACCCAGGAAUAUUGGCAGUGCUGUGGGGCUUUUGGAGCUGAUGAUUGGAACCUAAAUAUUUACUUCAAUUGCACAGAUUCCAAUGCAAGUCGAGAGCGAUGCGGCGUGCCCUUCUCCUGCUGCACUAAAGACCCCGCGGAAGAUGUCAUCAACACUCAGUGUGGCUAUGAUGCCAGGCAAAAACCAGAAGUCGAUCAGCAGAUUGUAAUCUACACGAAAGGCUGUGUGCCCCAGUUUGAGAAGUGGUUGCAGGACAACUUAACCAUUGUGGCUGGUAUUUUCAUAGGCAUUGCAUUGCUACAGAUUUUUGGGAUCUGCCUGGCCCAGAACCUGGUGAGUGAUAUUGAAGCUGUCAGGGCUAGCUGGUAGAGCGCCUGCAACAGCUGCCUCCAGACACUGGACAGACCCCGCCUUCCUGACCCUCCAUGCGCCCAACUGAUACCCAUGCUGCACGGACCCUAAUCACAGAGGCAUCCUGCGAUCCCACCUGAUGGAGCUGCCAUCAGAACUUAGUUUCUGGGGGGUAGAACUGGGAAAUGCUGCUCACUGACAGAAUUAAAAAAAAAAAAAAUUAACCAGUAUGAAAGUCGUUGCGCCGUGAAUCUCUAUUGUAGCCAUGAAUUUCUGGGUGGUUGGAUACUUACCAAAUGA